CCUACUAAGCCCCAUCUUCUUCUCCAGCGCCACACCCUAUCUUCUUUCUCCAGCGCCACACUUUCUUCAUCUUUUUUCUCCUUUUCUCCUUCGUCUUUCUUCUCCUCCUUUUUCCUUCUUCUUCACCUUUCUUCUUACUUCUCCUUCGCUCUUCCAUCUCUUUCCUUCUCCCUCUUUGCUUUUCUUUUCUCUCCUCUUCUCUUUUCUUCUAUCUCUCAAAGUCGAUGGAAUUUUGAGUCAUAUAUUUGUGGUAUUUGGCUUUGGAUCUGAUGAUGGUUGGUGAUGAUUAGUGGGUUAGCUUUGGAUUGGAUCUGCCGUCUGUGCAAGUCGUGAAUGUUGGAACUGCUUGAGAAGCAGAAGAAAUAGAGAAUGGCUGCUAAACCUGGUGCAGCUUCAACCACUUACUCUCCGAUUGACCCGACCAAUAAAACCCGACCAUCUAUUUUCACUGGCUCUGAUGUCGACUGGCUACGACCCGACUCUCGUGCCUUUCAGCAGUGUAGACCCGCUUUUUUCCGGACUGGUGCUGUGAAUUCUGCAGCUGGAUCUGCUUAUGCAGAAUUUGGAAAUACCAAGGUGAUUGUGUCAGUAUUUGGGCCAAGGGAAAGUAAGAAAGCAAUGAUGUACAGUGAUAUAGGUCGGUUAAAUUGUAAUGUCAGCUAUACAACUUUUGCUGCACCAGUUCGUGGACAGGGAUCAGACCACAAAGAAUUUUCAUCUAUGCUUCAUAAAGCUUUGGAGGGUGUAAUAAUAGUGGAAACUUUCCCUAAGACAACAGUUGAUGUUUUUGCAUUGGUGUUGGAAUCUGGAGGCAGUGAUCUCCCUGUUGUGGUAUCAUGUGCUAGUCUUGCCCUUGCAGAUGCUGGUAUUAUGAUGUAUGACCUUGUUGCCUCAGUUUCUGUGUCAUGCCUAGGGAAAAAUCUUCUGAUUGAUCCUGUUUUGGAGGAGGAAAGCUACCAAGAUGGAAGCCUAAUGAUUGCUUGCAUGCCUUCUCGUUAUGAAGUGACACAAUUAACCGUUACUGGGGAAUGGUCAACAUCAAAGUUCAACGAGGCAAUGCAGCUUUGUCUUGAUGCAUCUGCUAAGCUUGGGGAAAUCAUGAGGUCAUGCUUGAAAGAAGCUGCUUCUGCUACACAAGAAUAGAGAUUUUUUUUUUAAGAAUUAUUGUUUAACAUAUAGGAUACAAGUGAAGCCACCUGUUUAGAUUUUUCUUUUUCCUUUUUUUUUUCCUUCUUUUCAGAAAAUAAAUUCACUGGCUUUCCGAGUUUUUUUUUU